CACUGAUGCUGCUGUUGCAUGCUGCUGUCCUCAGACUCUCAUCGCAUCUUUCAUGAACAAACUACACAGCACGCUAACAGCUGUGACCAACCUGUAGACAAAUCUUUAAGCUCAAAGGCCUCUCUAUGGUGCACUCUCUGAUCAUGGGGAACGGUUCGAUCAAAGCCCCUCGGCUAGAGGAGACCUGUCUGGCCUCAAGUAUAAAAGAAACCACCGUAUGGGAGUCAACCGAGCCCCUGAAGAUGAGGAUCGCCCAGCUGGAGGACGAGUUGGCAUGGAGAGACCAGGAGCUCCGCGCUCAGGAAAAGAGGUUGCAGAGCCUUCAAAGGGAGCUGGAGACAAAGGUGUCUCAGAUCGAUAAGCUCCAGGAUGCUAUUGGAUAUAACAACCUGGGACGUUCACCGCCGGCCCCUCCGAGGCAGAGCUGCAGGUUGCUCAGUGUGAUCAACCAGGGCUCCACGAGGUUCCACAGAGUUGCCGUUGAGGUGCAUAGACGCCUCAAGGCCAAAGAGGGAGUUUCAGCCGAACCUACAUCAGGACACUUCUGUUACGACCACAGGGUCCAUCACAUCUCUACAGAUCAGAGGGCACACUUACGCAAAGACUCUGGCACUAAGAAACUGAUCAAUGAAGCCAUCAUGAACAAUGACUUUCUGAAGACACUGGAGACUCAGCACACUCGAGAGAUGGUGGACUGCAUGUAUGAGAAGAUCUACGCUGCCGAGCAGCUGGUUAUUCAGGAGGGAGAACCUGGGAACUUCCUUUAUGUGCUCGCAGAGGGUUUAUUAGAGGUGAUACAGAAUGGCAAGCUACUGGGUCAGAUGCGUCCUGGGACGGCCUUUGGGGAGUUGGCUAUCCUUUAUAACUGCAAAAGAACUGCUACAGUCAAAGCUGUGACUCAGUCGCACAUCUGGGCUCUGGACAGGCAAACGUUUCAAAGUAUCAUGAUGAGAUCCACUCAGGCCAGACAUGAAGAGUACUUCAGCUUCCUGCGCAGUGUAUCAUUGUUAAGAGACCUGCCAGAGGAGAAACUUGCCAAAAUUGUCGACUGUCUUGAAGUUGAUUAUUUUGAUAAAGGGGAGUAUAUCAUUCGUGAGGGUGAGGAAGGAAACACGUUCUUCAUCAUAGCAAAAGGAGAGGUUUCUGUAACACAGACUGCUGACGGCUUUUCUGAACCUCAAGAGAUCAAGACUCUUGGUGUUGGUGAUUACUUUGGGGAAAAAGCUCUCAUAAGUGAGGAUGUCCGCUCGGCUAAUAUCAUUGCAAAGGAAAAUGACACACAGUGUUUGGUGGUGGAUAGAGAUAACUUUAAUCAGAUGGUGGGGACGUAUGAGGAGCUGCAGGCCUAUCUGAGGGAGUAUGUUGAACAGCUCUCUCUGAGCGAUGAGAGGAGAAACGCAUCGUCUCAGUCACCACUGUAUGACUGCAGUCCUGAAGCGGCAGAGAUCAGAAGACUGAGGGAGAGGGCAGCUGCUUUGUCCUGCAGCACGUUCCUGAAAGAGCUGCAAAUAGUUGCUACAUUGGGGAUGGGAGGCUUUGGCCGAGUGGAACUGGUGAAGCUUACAGAAGAUACAGCAUUUGCUUUAAAGUGCAUAAAGAAGCAGCACAUUGUGGACAGCAGACAGCAAGAACACAUCUACUCCGAAAAAAAUAUCCUCCUUCAGACAAAUUCAAACUUCAUUGUCAGAUUGUUCCGGACGUUUCGUGACGAUAAAUAUGUUUAUAUGCUGCUUGAGGUCUGUCUGGGAGGAGAGCUAUGGAGCGUGCUGAGGGACAUGGGCUGCUUUGAUGAAGCUACUGCCAGAUUCUGCACUGGAUGCGUGCUGGAGGCUUUCGAUUAUCUGCACGGCACAGGCAUCGUGUACAGAGACCUGAAGCCAGAGAAUCUGCUGCUGGAUGCCGAAGGCUAUGUCAAAAUGACUGAUUUUGGCUUUGCUAAAAAGAUCGGACUUGGUAAGAAGACUUGGACGUUUUGUGGAACGCCUGAGUAUGUGGCUCCGGAGGUCAUUAUGAAUAAAGGUCAUGACUUUGGAGCUGACUGCUGGUCUCUGGGGAUCCUAAUCUUUGAGCUUCUGAUCGGCAGCCCUCCGUUCACAGGCUCUGAUCCAAUCAGGAUCUACACUAUGGUUCUGCAUGGCAUUGAAAAGGUUGACAUUCCCAAGAGGAUCAGCAAACGUCCAGAGGAUCUCAUACGGAGGCUCUGCAAACUUAAUCCAGCGGAAAGACUUGGGAAUAAGAAAAAUGGCAUUGUUGACAUCAAGAAACACAAGUGGUUUCAAGGUUUCAACUGGGAGGGACUAAGACGAAGGAAGCUGACAUCGCCUUUGAAGAGAGAGCUGAAAGGACCUCUGGAUCACAGUCACUUUGACAUGUUUCCCCCUGAUCUGGAAGAACCUCCAGAUGAAAUUUCUGGCUGGGAUAAAGACUUCUGAGAACAAGUGGUUUCUGAGAGACUUUGUUCUUCAAAUACUUUCAGACUUUUUUGGCCCGCACUACAUCCUCAAAGACAAUUUCAUGUCUAGAGAUUGAAUUA